CUUCAGCACAUGGGCUCAAAGAUCUCACCUCUGCCCUGUCUUCUGGUCCAGGGAGAGGGCAGGGACUUUGCUGUCUUGCAAGCUUGUGCAUUCUAUGACCUGAUGCAGUGACUCUAACCCUAGAGGAAAGAUCCCUCCAGGACUGAAAUUCUUCACACUGGGCUCCGUGGAUGGUUAUUCAAUACAGAGAUGAGAGGAAAGGCCCCUACCAAGCCUAGGUGUCUGUGAGAAAAUGACAGGGAGACCUCCUGCCAGGUUUCUGUUGGUGAUCAUCCCGGCAUUGCAGAUCAUACAUUUGGGAAACAGCUGUCUGAGAGGGCAACAGGAAGGUGGCAGAGCUGUCAGCAAUAUCGCAGCGCCCAGGACAACACUGGACUGGACCCUGAGUAAUUCCAGCAGAGAGAAUGGGAGCCAGGAGGGCUGGACGCCCCAGGAGUCCCCUGCCCGUUCCAGGGCCUUGGAAGAGGAGAGUGCGGCCCCGGGAUCGCGCUGCUGCAGGAACGGAGGCACCUGCGUGCUGGGCAGCUUCUGCGUGUGCCCCGCGCACUUCACCGGCCGCUACUGCGAGCACGACCAGAAGCGCAGGGACUGCGGCGCCCUGGGACACGGAGCCUGGACCCUGCGGGGCUGCAGCCUCUGCAGGUGCAUCUUCGCCGCCCUGCACUGCCUUCCCCGCCAGACCCCGGGCCACUGUGACCUGAAAAAAGUCCUGUCCUCAGGGGCCAGUCGACCAAGUGCCCAGGGAGCUUCGAGUUUGCUCUUCCUGUUGCCCUGCGUCCUCCUGAGGGGCAUGGAUGCUGAAGGCUGA